AUGCAAUCACUGGUGGGUGCUCGGGUGAGUGAGUUGAUGGUGGCGCUCGUGCUGGCAGGCCGUUGCUUCCCCUUGGCCCUGCUGCUGCCACCACCCUCCCUCCGCCACACCCCUGAAGCCCCUCACUCAUCCUGCCCCAAGUUGCCCUUCCUCUUCCCAUGCACCCCACCCUGCCCUGCCUCUUUCAUUCCACACGUUUCCACCCCGCAGGCCCUACUUCCUGCACGUAUCCCUCUGUUCCUUCUAAAUCUCUGCCCGUUGCAUGAGUGCUCUCAACAGCCUGCUCGGACCCUACACUUCUCUCCCCCCACCUGCUGCCCACCCCCACCCCGCCAGGUGGUGCAGGCUCUGCUGCACGAGGGCCGCCCCAUGGAAGCUGAGCGCCUCGUCGAAACCGCUCUUUCGCGGAACCUUCCCAAGCCCAUGCGGAAGCAGCUGCAGUCAGCCAUUGCUGGUGAGCGCCCGGUCCCUCCCUUGGCCAUCUCCUCUGUCCCUCCCUUGGCCAUCUCCUCUGUCCCUCCCUUGGCCAUCUCCUCUGUCCCUCCCUUGGCCAUCUCCUCUGUCCCUCCCUUGGCCAUCUCCUCUGUCCCUCCCUUGGCCAUCUCCUCUGUCCCUCCCUUGGCCAUCUCCUCUGUCCCUCCCUUGGCCAUCUCCUCUGUCCCUCCCUUGGCCAUCUCCUCUGUCCCUCCCUUGGCCAUCUCCUCUGUCCCUCCCUUGGCCAUCUCCUAUGUCCCUCCCUUGGCCAUCUCCUCUGCUGCUCCAUGCUGCUGUUUCCCUCUCCCUCCCAUGCCCUCACCUCCCGUCCUCCCUGCGGCCAUGCCACUGUGCUUGCAUCUCAUGGGCGUGCAGAGGAGGCGAGUGGCAUGCUGCAGUUCGAGGGGCACGGAGAGCAACGACCGGCGGGCCAAGUUCCUGCAGCAGAUGCGCAUGCGGCACCCGGUGUGCGUGGCGGCCAUGCUGGUGUCGGGCCACCACCAUGCGCUGCGCGGCCACAUGCAGGGCGCCUGCCGCGAGUACCUGCGCGCCCACCGCCUGCACCCCCACGACCCCCUCAUCUGCCUCUGCUGCGCUCAUGUGUGUUUCACUACCGCAACUUUCUACAAUCCUACCCUCACCCCUCUCAUCCCCCUCACCCCUCUCAUCCCCCUCACCCCUCUCAUCCCCCUCAUCCCUCUCAACCCCCUCACCCGUCUCAUCCCCCUCAUCCCUCUCAUCCCCCUUUCCCUCCCACACCGCACACCCUCGCUGCCACCAGGAGUGGCGCUGCUGAAUCUCUCCCUGGGCUCGCGCCUGCGUGACCGCAGCCAGUGUGUGCUGCAGGGCAUGGCGCUGCUGCAGCAGUACGCCCAGCUAUCAGGCGACACUCAGGAGGUGCAUUUCAACCUGGGUCGUGCGUUCCACCAUGUGGGUCUGCUGCACCUCGCUGUCGACCACUACAAGCGCGUUCUCUCCUCCGCCACUCCACAUCGGCACCAUGCCACGGCCGAGCAGCUGGGAUUGAGAAGCCGCAGAAGCAGGGAGGUUAGAGAUCAGGAAGGGCAGGAAUAUGACGCAGGGUUGAAACGAGAAGCAGCCCAUAACUUGGGCAUGGGCAUACUAGCAGCGGCGCUAUUCACCAUGGCCAUCGGGGCUCUCUUCAACGCAGCCUUCCCCUCGCCCCCCUUCGACGAAGGCGCUAUUGCCUUCGUGCCGCCCCAAGCCGACUACGCGUGGCGAGUGGUGCUGGCAGCGGGGGCGGUGCCGGCAAAGCUCACCUUCUAUUUUCGAAUGACCAUGCUGGAGACCCCGAGGUUUACCACGCUCGUGCAGAGGAAUGCCAAGCAGGCUGCACGGGACAUGGGGCAGGUGUUUCACUCGGCCUUCGAGGAAGCAGAAGUGGAAAUCGAGCUAGCAACAGCCCCUGUGCGAACAUACAGCCUGCUGUCGCGCGAGUUCCUGCACCACCACGGCGUGCACCUGCUGGCCACGGCAGCCUGCUGGUUCUUGGUUGACACGGCCUACUACUCGCAAAACCUCUUGAAUCGGGACCUCUUCACCGCCAUUGGAUGGGUCGCGCCGCCCUACAGCAUGAACGCUCUCACUGAGAUGUACGAGCUCUCGAAAGCUACGGUGAGUGGCAUGUGGGGGGAACGGGGGGAAAGGGGGGAAAGGGAGGCUGUUCAGGUGACAGCAUGA